UUUAUAAGUCGUGAAAACCAGCGUGUUUCGUGUUUUAUGACAGAAAGAAAUAUACUUCUAAGAGAGACAAUAACUUAAUAAAACUAAGAGAGUGUUUGCAUUUUGACAUUGUUUAAAAAGAGGCAGAAUUAUGUUUAUAUUAAAUUCGAAGUUUGAUAUUUUUAUACGGGAAAUAUUUUCUUAGAAAUAUAUUGUAUAAAGCUAAAUAAUAUUACUAAAAAAUGGGUUCGCCACAGAAGGAUAUAGAACUUAGCCCUGUACGGUCGGAAGGGAAUGGAAACUCAAGUAAAAUACCGGCUGGUGAAAAAUUAACAUUGCCCGUAAAUGAUGAAGAGGACGUAAUAAUCGGUAGAUUCAGGAAGAUAAGUUCGGCUAAGUCAAUGGCAGCCACCAACGGGAAUAUUCAGUAUCCCAGUGAAGCGACGCCUAAGGGAGAAGACUUAGAAGCAGGUCUUCAUUUCAGUGCAAAAGAAUCGACUGAAAAGGACAGGCUGCUAUCAGAUAUCCUCACCCAGGGGUCGGCUAUUGUGCAGCCCUCCACAUCACCAGUUACGAAGAGUAGUUUCCGGGAUGUUGAGAAACCGUCCAGGUUUAAGGAUCAACCGUCAGCGACCAGGUUUCAAAUGGAGGUCGACAAGCCGGAAGAUCAUACUGAAGAAUCGGACGCCUCUGGUAUGGACAGCGACGACCCACUCACCGCUAACGACACCAAAUAUGCCAAGAGUUUCAGGCAUUUCACCCGCGAAGCACUGCCGCGAUUGGACAAUUACAGGAAUGUGCUCUCGCUGCAUGCUGCACCACGACCCACGCUGGACGAACUACACAACGCGUCGCUCUCCAGAAAGCCGGGACAAACCCUCGAGAAAGACCCAGAUGGCACCCCAGCCAUGGCGACCUCCAACGUGAAAUUUGGAUGGAUUAAGGGUGUGCUGAUGCGAUGCCUUCUCAACAUAUGGGGCGUCAUGCUCUUCCUGCGGUUGUCCUGGGUCGUCGCACAGGCUGGCAUCGCGCAGUCAGUGCUGUUAAUAUUGACCACAUCUGUUGUGACCACCAUCACGGCGCUCUCCAUGUCCGCCAUCAGCACCAACGGAGUCAUCAAAGGAGGUGGGACGUAUUACAUGAUAUCGCGGUCCCUUGGUCCGGAGUUCGGCGGAUCCAUAGGACUGAUAUUCUCUAUAGCAAAUGCGGUGGCUUGCGCCAUGUACGUCGUCGGUUUUGGGGAGGCGUUGAUAGAUCUCUUACCUGAGACCAGUUAUAUGGUCAGCAAGGAGUGGGAUCAAUCAAUUUACGGGUGCAUAACAAUAGUUCUGCUAACCGGCAUCGUAAUAGUGGGAAUGGAGUGGGAGGCGAAGGCUCAGAUCGUGUUGCUUGUAAUAUUGCUGGCUGCCAUCGGGGACUUCUGCAUAGGGUCCAUCGUAGGACCCAAGAGCGAUUUGGAGGUCGCGCAAGGAUUUGUUGGAUAUAACAUGACGGUACUACACGAGAACUUGUGGUCGGACUACAGAAAACAUAAAGGCGUGGAACACAAUUUCUUCUCUGUCUUCUCCAUAUUCUUCCCUGCCGCCACGGGCAUAUUGGCUGGUGCUAACAUAUCGGGCGAUUUAAAGGAUCCCCAGAAGUCGAUACCCAAGGGCACCCUGCUGGCGAUACUGCUGACUACGCUUUCGUAUUUGCUGAUGGCAUUGAUCGCCGGCUGGACAGUGCUGCGAGACGCAGCCGGAGACGUGACGCAGAUGAACGUUGUACCCGCCUGCCUCGCCAACUUCACCUGCCCUUAUGGACUACACAAUAGUUACAAAGUAAUACAAUUGGUGUCUGGGUUUGGUCCCCUCAUCUCCGGUGGUUGCUUCGCUGCAACGCUGUCUUCAGCGCUCGCGUCGCUCGUCUCCGCGCCCAAAGUAUUUCAGGCGCUGUGCCAGGACAAACUGUAUCCGUACUUGGAGAUUUUCGCAAAAGGUUACGGCGCCAACAACGAACCCGUCCGUGGCUACGUGCUCACCUUCAUUAUAGCGACCGCAUUCAUACUUAUGGGUGGUUUGGACCAAAUCGCGCCGCUGAUCUCCAACUUCUUCCUGGCUGCGUACGCGCUGAUCAACUUCGCCACAUUCCACGCCAGCCUCGCCAGGCCGGUCGGAUGGAGACCUACAUUUAGAUUAUAUAACAUGUGGUUGUCGCUCGUCGGCUCAAUGAUGUGCGUAGCGAUCAUGUUCGUGAUAUCGUGGUCCACAGCACUAAUUACUUUCGCGUUCCUACUCAUGCUGUAUCUACUCGUCUCCUAUAGAAAACCGGAUGUUAAUUGGGGCUCCACAACACAGGCCCAGACAUACAAAACGGCGCUCUCCGGCGUGCAUCACCUAAACAGAGUUACUGAACAUGUUAAAAAUUAUAGACCACAGAUCCUGGUGCUAUCAGGUUUCCCAGCAGAAAGGCCGAUUCUAACUGACUUCUCAUAUCUACUCACAAAAGGAUUAUCGCUCAUGCUGUGCGGACACGUGCUUCAGGGUCAAGUGAGCCAUCGCGCGAGGGAGGCUCUAACGGACCGUGCUUACUAUUGGUUCACGAAACGGAAGAUGAAGGCUUUCUACACAGUGGUCGACGAUAGCGGGUUCAAAGAUGGCGCCAGUGCACUUAUACAGGCGAGUGGUCUCGGCAAGCUGAAGCCUAACAUUCUAAUGAUGGGCUUCAAGGAGGACUGGCAGUCGUGCGAUCGAUCCGAGAUAGUCGACUAUGUAGAGGUUAUGCACAAGGCGCUUGACAUGCACAUGGCUCUGAGUAUACUCCGCGUGGAGGGCGGCCAGUCGGCUGGUGCGCUGCUGGACGGCGACCUGCGAGACUACCUGCAGCACCUGGCGCGACUCGCUCCACUCGACCGUCUCGACAGGGAACGUUCUAUGGGCGACAACAACAAGGACUCCAAGUCUACGGAGAGUUUGAAUACGCAAUCAGUGGGUAGCAGCCUGUCGGACGUGUCCAUGGGCUCGCCGGAGCUGCGGCGCGCGGCCGUGUCCGACGACCCGGCCGCCCGGCCGCCCGCCCGGGGCGCCGACACCAAGCCCGCACGCAACGAAAGGUCGGGCGUGGGCGGCGCGGUGCGGCGCGCGCUGGGCGCGGGCGGGGCGGGCGGGGCGGCGCGGCGCGCGUCGUCGUUCACCUCGGUGGAGCAGUUCACGCGCCGCCAGGCCGGCACCGUCGACGUCUGGUGGCUCUACGACGACGGCGGUCUAACACUCCUGCUGCCGUAUAUCUUGUCAACUCGCCGUGCGUGGUCCACGUCUCCGCUCCGGGUAUUCACGCUGGCUAACAAGAACACUGAAAUGGAGAUCGAAGAGAGGAACAUGGCGUCACUCCUAUCCAAGUUCCGUAUCGACUACUCAGCGCUGAAGAUGGUGGCGGAUAUCACGAAGCGACCGCGCGACUCCACGCUGGCGUACUUUGACAAACUGAUCGCGCCGUUCAAGUCGGAAGACAGUACAGAUAACACGGGCAUCUCUGAGGCGGACCUGGUGGCGGCGCGGGACCGCACGCACCGUCACCUGCGGCUGCGCGAGCUGAUCGCGGCGCAGUCGGGCGGCGCGCGGCUGGUGUGCGUGACGCUGCCCAUGCCGCGGCGCCGCGCCGUCGUGCCGCCGCCGCUGUACGUGGCCUGGCUGCACGCCAUCGCCACCGCCGCCGACCGCGUGCUGCUCGUGCGCGGUAACCACGCCGCCGUGCUCACCUUCUACUCUUAG